AACCGCGUGAGCAACAGGUUGGUGCUUGAACAGACUGUAAAAUACAUGUAAAUACAGAGUGUACAGCGGAAGCGUGAUCGUCGCAGCUACGGAAGACUCGGACUAGAUCACCCGAAUGUGAUGUGAUUAUUAUCUUCUUGUCGGUAUCCCUUAUCCACACCUAAUCCUACACUAGGCAAAAAUGAAACAAGCUUGAUGAUCAUGUAGUCGACUAAAUACCAUUUGAUACAUUUUUCUGGAGGCAUCGGCAAAUCCAGAAGACCCUUUGCUACCCCAAUGAGCAGCUAGGUCAAAACAUUAACGUAGCCGUCUAGUUUCUUGCAGUUCUGACGAGGUGGGCCCAUAAAUUCACUUUGAACUCUAAGGACAGAAGGAAGUCACUUUUGUCACAAAAGAUGCUCUGAUUCGAUCGUAACAGGACUGACAAGCGCAAGAUAAUGGAAGACGUCAACGAGAUCAAUGAAUGCAUCUCUUUGGAGGAGAUUCCUCGAAGCGAUUCACACGCAAGUGUGCCCUCUCCGUCGGUUGACUGUCCAUCAACAGUCACAGAAGACGCAGAUGUUGGUGACUCACAGGACGAGGUCCAGCAGGAAGGAAACGCCCCUGACGAUCCACAGGAAGAGGCAGAGGAAAAUUCACCUCUCGAACAGGAAAGUCCAAGUGUUAACUUACCCCAGGAGCUGGACCCAAGCGAGGAUGGUGAGGAUGCCAAGCCAGGGGAAAGUGUGUCCACACCCCCUGUGCAGCCGAGGGUCAUCGCGGUGACUCCGCAGCUCGGGGACGCAUCCCCGGAUGUCAAAGGCGACCUUGACAGCGGCGUGAAAAUAGACGACGAAGACGGGAGUUUCGACAAGGCGACCCCAGAGAAGCCAGCCCGGACCCCGUCGCUGGUCUCUUGCGAAGGACCGGCCAGCUCCCGCAGCACCAGCCCCGAUCAGUACGAACCGACUAAGCCAGCACUGAGAAAAGGCGGCUCGUCCCAGCCACCAAAGUUCAAGAACGAGGUGGAACCAAUGGACUACCAGCGACAGCCGGCCCCGGCCGGAUACAAUCGUGCCGUUCACUCGGUCCAAUGCAAGGCCAUGAUUAUCAUAAUGACCACGUCCAUUAUCGCUGUCAUUCUUGUGGUUGGCUUCAUAAUCCUGAGUGGUUCAGGUGAUGAUGGUGAAGCAAAGACGAUGACCGGACACAAAUCACCAGCAUCGCUAGACGGCGUUUUCAGCAUCACUAAUCGGCUGUACAAAGUCUCGUACGCAGACAACAGUUCGAUCGAUUAUCAACGUUUCAGCCAGGAGUUCAUAAGUACGGUGAACGCAACUUUUCAGAAUAGCGAGCGAUUUCAGGACUUCUACGAGAAGACCACAGUGGAUGGGAUCAGACAAUCAAACAUUUCAAUCUCCGAAAUUGCAAGACCUGUGCUGGACUUCACAUUAUUCCUCAUGAUCCAAGACAGCGAUCUGCUUGGUCAAGACCGCCUUGCCACAGACGCACCCGGCGUCACGGGACAAUCACUGGUAUCCCAUCAACCAACGUCCGAAAACGAUCCGACACUGAUUGAUGACAUAAUCGAUUACCUGGUAAACGUUACAGCAAGCAGCGAUUUCGGAAAUUUCACUGGCAUAAUGAUUCUCAUGUGACAAAAGGUGCCCACCCAAAAACCCGUUAGGCGUGGGAUAUCUGUUUAACUGGGCAGAGCAAUACGGGCAAUUCACAAUAGUGUGCCCCUGAGAGUUAGCAACGCGUUGGCCACUCACGAUACGCGCAUUCUGUCGACAGAUUUCGCGCGUCGUGAUUGGCUAACGUGUUGCAAACUCUGCUUGCUGCUGCCAUGGGCAUGUAAAGCCUCGAUCUCGAUCUUUACACAAGCCGGUUCAGUGAUUCUUGCGUAUGUUGCUUAGUAAUUCUGCACGUGCUGCAUCGGCCCCUAUACCAUGCAAUUUGACAAUACAUGUAUUUGAGAAAGCUGCGUUGACGCGAUUAUGACGCAAUUGUACAAGCUGCCAGAUCGAGGCUCUGCGUGCCUAUGGCGGCAGCGUGCAAAGAGCGAGUAGCAUGCGAAUUGUGGAGUGGGAACAAGUCACGCAUGAGCAAGUCAUUAUCACAAACGUGUAGUGAUUUCUACGAAAUAGCCCCUAUAGUCGGAUGUUGUGAUACACUUUUUAAAAUCAUCUAAAAUACUGGACAUUCAUCAUGCCCAGUGAAUAAAGACUGUGCGAUGGAGCACGUAACCCGACUUAUGGGAAUCGGACGAAGAAAACAAAGUUCACUAACAAAAUAUGAUGUAUACAAUGAACGAUGUUUUCAAUUGAAAAUGAAUGUGUUAGCGCCCACAUCUGAGGCUUCAAGUCGGAGAGAGGAAGUUUUGGUCAUCUGGGCUGUUUCAUUUAUAUGUUGAUAAUCAGUUUUCGCUUUUCUUUUCUUGUAUUGGAGGUCCCAGAUACACAAUAUAGGUCUACACUGACUUCAGAUAUAAGUUUGUUACCUUUGCUUUUCACACGAUACUUUCUUUUUAAUAGGAAAGAUAACUUUUGCUGAAAACAGUGGCAAUUACAUGUUAUAUCUUUUGUAUAGUACCUCUUUCUUGCGCAGUUAUGAUCUUUAUAUUACCGUGAGAUGUUUUCAGCGUAUUCAGUGCUAAAACUAGACAGUACACUAGUACAAACAAGAAAAAUGAUUGACAUUUCGAAAAAUAACUGUAGUUUGUACAGCGACAGAUUCUAUUUAGAAUAGAAUUCUAUUUAGAAUCUGUAAAUUUACAUCAUAAGCUGUAAAUUUCUAUUUUGCGUCAAGUUUACGUUUUUCGGUGAGUGACGUUCGAUUUCGAGAACAUGUGAAAAAUUUGGGGAAAUAUUAAUAUAACCGAAAAUAAAUGAUCACGAUUCAGCUUACACACAACAAGUUAUUGAAGAAAUGAACUUCGAGAAGAGUCGUGGCCAGAAAAUUUAAACAAACGGGUCCAAUCAAAUUUUGGUUGAACGAUGUACCAAAUUUGAGAGGCAAGUUGCUUAAUAUCGGUCCCAGUGUUACUUGUUUUUCUGAAAGCCCCAAAAUAAAGCUAUGAACUUUCUCGACCACCAAAGAGAUUAAUGGAGUUCAACAAGCGUACCGGGGGGGCACAGGAACCUUACACCACUCUCAUCACCUACAAAUGGCAUGUAAGGUUGGCCACAGUUCGCAGAAAUAUCACCUUUCUGUUGGUUUUCGAUUUUACUUCAAAUUCGUUCAAAAUGGGCAUCUGUUCCAUUAAUUUUACAGAGGGUUGAACUCUCACUUAGUAUAUUGUUACCAUGGUGUUCUGACAGCUGCGUGAGAUUUUUAACACUUUGUGAAUUAUAUUAUUUCUAUACCGACGGCAAGCCAUAGUUUUAGCACCUACGUGUACUUGUCAAAAAAAAACCACGACAA